AUCGAAAUGAACGACUGUUGUCAGAUUCCUCUUGAAAAGUUUUGACUGUCACUGAUUUGAAAAAGUUCUACAGUGUGUUAGUGAAAAUGCCUGGUAAAAUAAAAGUCAAAGUCCUGGCUGGUAGGAACCUUCCGGUGAUGGACAGGGCAAGCGACACAACGGAUGCUUUUGUAGAGAUCAAGUUCGGUGGAGUGACACACAAGACUGAUGUAUGCCGAAAGUCAUUAAACCCUCAUUGGAACAACACAGAGUGGUAUAGGUUUGAAGUUGAUGAAUCGGAGCUGCAGGAUGAACCAUUGCAACUUCGACUAAUGGACCACGACACGUAUUCGGCCAAUGACGCUAUCGGGAAGGUGGUGAUUAGUCUAGCGCCCUUAUUGGCGCGAGAGGCCAAUAAUCCGAAGAGUACCACAGCUCCUCAUGGAGGUGCAGUAUUGUCCGGCUGGAUUCCGGUCUUCGACACCAUGCACGGUAUCCGAGGAGAGUUGAACGUGAUCGUGAAAGUGGAACUCUUCUCUGACUUCAACAAGUACAAGACCUCGAGUUGCGGGGUCCAGUUCUUUCAUUGUCCGAUGAUACCUCCCGGAUAUCGUGCCAACUCGAUCCACGGCUUUGUCGAGGAGUUGGUAGUGAAUGACGACCCCGAAUACCAGUGGAUCGAUAAAAUCCGAACGCCGAGAGCUUCGAACGAAGCCAGACAAGUUGCCUUCAUCAAACUGAGUAAUCAGGUGCAAAGGCUGGUAGGUCUUAAGGCAGCCGAGCUUGGCGCUAAUGCAGUCGUCGGAUACCAACAAGACUUCGACUUGGAAGGGGAGGCCGGUGUCGUGGCAAGGGCCGUCGGCACGGCGGUCAGCAUCACGCCGAUACCGACGCCAUCAUAUCCGAACAACAUACCGCCGUGCACGCAACAGAGCGAGCGGGACAGGGACAGGUGCGACAAGGACAAGGGAUCGCCUCGACACGCGCGUCACGAGUCGUAUGGCGGCCGAGACCCGCCCAACCCCCCGGCCCCCGCGCCCGCCAUGCAGAACCCUUCUCUGAACGCGACUUCCACGCCGAUGGGCAUACACAGGAGGUCGUCCGAUUCGGAUCUCAGUGUUACGCCUAAAGGUGGUUCGUUAAACACAUCGGCGGGUAAUGUGGGCAGCGGAGGAGGCGCCAUCUUGCGGCCUUCGAUGAACAGCAACAACUUGGACAUGCUGGAGUAUCCCUUUCUCACCAUGACGGAGUUCCCGCCUGGCUUCAUUGUGCACAUCGGCGGCACGGUGUGCGCCCGCUCCGUGAAGCUGGCGGAGGGCGGCGGCGAGGGCGCGUGGGCCGAGCUGCGCACGGAGCUGCGGGCGCACGCGCGCGCGCUGCGCUGCAACGCGGUCAUCGCCUACUCCGACAGUGCCGCCAUCUGUGAAGAUGUGUGCGUCCUGUCAGCGUCGGGUACAGCGGCCGUCAUCAAUUUGGACUGCGAUUACAACGUGGAGUGUGAACAGACGCCAGCGCAGAGCGGUCCGAAGGGCGGCGCGGAGGCGGACGCGUGCUCGGCGGCGCACGUGCCCUACGCGCCCGGCUCCGGGCCCUACCGCGCCGAGCUGUCCCUGUGCGCGCAGUGCAGGCGCGCCCGGGUGCCGUCGGUGCUGCUGGCCACGUGCGCCAAGCCCAGCACCAUGCCCACGCACGGCAAAGCCGUCACGUUGACUGCUGUAGCGGCGCGCGUGCGGAGGGCGCCCCCCACGGCGGAGCCCGGCGCCAGGGACAUAUCGGAUCAGCUACCCUUCUUAGAGUACGAGCUGCACAAGCUGCUGUUAGCCAAACUGAGGAUGCAGGGUGCCAACGCGCUGUUCUCGCUGUGCACGCGCGUGGCGGUGGGCGAGCGCUGCGUGGUGGCGCUGGCCAGCGGGGCCGCGUACCGCCUGCGCGCGCUGCCGCCCCCCGCACCCCCCGCGCUCAAGGCCUCAGAAAGUGACCGGGACGCGACUGAGAUACAGAGGGCUCUCCGGGACGCGUUCAACGCCAACAAGGCCGCCAACGGAUACGACGUCGCAGGCGUGUCGGACAUGUCCGGGGGCGGCGCGCUGGCGGAGGCGGAGGGCGAGGAGCCGCCCGCGCUGGAUCUGUGCGCCGACAAGGACGCUUGCGUGCUGGAACUGGACGAGGCCGAGGACGUGGAGACAGCCAAGUCGCUGUGCGUCCGGCGCGGCCACAUGCGCGUGUACAGCCGCCCGCCCCCUGCGCGCGCACCCCCCCUCGCCUUUGCGCAGGUGUGGAGAGCCAGACUGACGUUGUCAGGGCAGGGCGGGGCGGCGUCGCAGGCGGCGGAGAGGCACGUGGCGAGGGCUCUGGACGGAGUCACGUACAAGCUGAGGAGGUUGAACCCCUGCGCGCUGGCUAUACCGAAAUUCCAACUGGAGUUGCCGGAGGACGAGAUCCAGCUGGUGGUGUCUGGCACCGCCAUCCCGCUGCCGGAGCCCGGCGCCGCGCCCCGCGACCUGCGCGACGACGACAUCUUCGCGCUCGAUGAGGAGCAGCUCCUCCGGAACGGACCCGCGCACGACGAGGACAGGAACCUUGUGGGACAGAUACCAACGACAGUGUCAUUGACAACGCUAAGCGACGUUAGCGGGAGCCGCGCCGUGCGACGGAUAUGCGCGAUCCGGUUACUGUUCGUCAGGGAGACUACGACGGUCCGGGAGAUGGGAGGCCUCAGUGGAUUUUUACAUACGUUCACUUGUGAAGUGCUGGCUAUCGCGCGCGCCCACACGGCGGCGCUGGGCGGGAACGCCCUCACGUCGUUCUACCUCACGCAGCUGAUGCUACAAGACAACGCCCAUAAGAACCAGGGGCAAUGUCUUCUAUCCGUUGGCGGCGACGUAGUACAGAUAACAUACUGAUAUAAAUACAAAUCAAUUUUUUAUAUGUAAUAAUAUAUCAAAAGUAAAAUAUCAUAUUCAGUAUACUCGGUAAGGGCUAGCAAAAUUUUAUCGGCCUACAUUGAUCAACUAGACUAAUAGUGAACCUAAGUUAUUAAUAUUAAAUAUUACUACCGCAAGAUGUGUCAAAUUUGUUCCUGUCCUUACUUACUCGUGUAUGUACAGCGUGUUCUAUUUAAGUUUAAUUGUUAAGUAUAUUUAUUAGAUAUAGCUUUGUAGAUAAUUAUUUACUGAUACAGUUGUUGUUACUUACUGGUGGUAGGAUGUAUUGUGAGUCCGCACGGGUAGAUACCACCACCCUGCCUACUUCUGCCGUGAAGCAGUAAUGCGUUUCGGUUUGAAGGGUGGGGCAGCCGUUGUAACUAUAUUGAGACCUUAGAACACAUAUCUCAAGGUGGGUGUCGGCAUUUACGUUGUAGAUGUCUAUGGGCUCCGGUAACCACUUGACAUCCGGUGGGCCGUGAGCUCGUCCACCCAACUAAGCAAUAAAAAAAUCAUUAUAAAAAAUGAGAAAAAGAUGAUAUAUAGUUUAGUUUUAAACUUUAAAAUUACUUUUAAAUCAAAUUAAAGCUAUCCCGUUAAUACAGGUGAAUCAUCAUGACAAAUGACUUUCUAAUGCUUAAUUAAAAGUGUGAGACUGAUUUGAGUUUUUUUUUUAUAUGAAUUUAUCAUUAUUAGUAUAUAUUAUACUCUUGCCUAAAUCAGCGAUACCAAUUAUUAUUGAUUUUAAAACGUAAAUUAGAUUUAAACGCAUUUUAGAAUUAAUUUAAAAAUAGCUUUUCGAUUCGAUUUAUAAUGUUUGGUAAAUUUUGAUUAAUAAUUUAUUUUAUUUCAUUAAUUUGGGUUCGGGAUAAAAUUAAAUAUAAAUUAUAAACUGUAUUAGCACUUAUAACACUCACAGAAUACCUUAAAAUUCUUAAUUCGCUUUUUCCGCUUCGCUUCAAGUGAUCUGUUCGCUGUUUCGCUUCGAGUAGUUCCGAUUACUAACUUCGUACCAUCUCUGCAACGCUUUUAUAGUCGAUACGACAUCCCUAGAGUCGUCGAGAACAUUCCUCACAAGUCGAGUACCUUCGCUAUCUGACAAUAGAUGGCGUUGUACGUCACCAGCGUUCUAGAUGUUACUAGAUCCUUCGAUAUUCAUUCGGCUAUUUGGCGAUAGAUGGCGUUACUAUUACCGGCGUAACAAUAUUUUGUAUUCAGUACUAAAUUUUGUAUUCGGAAAAUAAAAUUAACGUACAGUCUGAGAAACUGAUGAAAGAGGACAGAUUUUUAAAAAAUCCCAAGUUUCCAUAUUUAUAUUGUUCACCAUAUUAUUAUCUUUUUUUUAAGCUUUCACAAACAUUAUAAACUCAUGAGCGUCCGUUAUCAUUAAUUAAUUCAAUAGUUGAUAUUUGACCAAUGAUUUUUAUGAUAUGAAUUUUAUUAAGAGCAAGAAAUUGAGAAAUAUUUACUUUUUUGAUGAUAUAAUGAUGCCGACCGAAACCUACUUAUUAUUGAAUGAAACCGACUUAUUAAAAUGCGUUAGCGGAAAAAAAGAGAAUCAAUGUUGAAUUACGUUAACCUCAUUUGAUGCGUUUAAGUCUAGUUUAAAAGGAUAUAUUCGUAUUAAUAUCUAAGUCUUAAGUUAUAUACACUGUCGGUGCUCUGUCAUUUUGUGUACUUUUAUAUGAAAAUUUACCCUUGUCAAUUUAUUUAUUAAAUUUUACUUAUGUAUUUUAAUGUGCAACUAACUCGUUAUAUGCACGAAAUUGUAAGUAUGGUUAUAGGGGAAAAAUGAUGAAGUCUGGCAAGAUUAUCUUUGUGCUGCCAACAAAUAACUUUAUUUGCCUUAUUUCAAAUUUUUUCUACUGAUAAUUAUUUAUUUUCUAUUUGUAUGUACUUCAAUAAAUGAAGUGGCAUAUUUGUGGCUAAAAUGAGUUUCAAGUUUAUAUGAUGUAUUUUAUAUUGGGAAGUGUACUUAUUUGCUAUUAAAAUUGAAUCAAAUCAAUAAAUAAUUGUGGACUAUG